CCGGCCAGCAGCAGCUAAAGACAUUACUUCAUUUAGCAUGCAAUAAUAUCAACAUGGACUUAUUCUUAUUUGCAAUAGGCUAUCUUGGCUUGACCGCGUUCUUUAUUGGCAUCCUUCUUUUCGGCGAGAGUCCUGUGUUUCGCAACACCCCUAUAGCCUCAUUGCACUGGUUCGUGACCCAGGGCAUUUUCGAUGGCCUGGGAUGGAUUGUGGCCAAGACAUGCGGCGCGCGGGGCGCCAGGGCGCUUGACUCGGUGUACUUGACCUGCUGCGAGCGGCCCAACGCGGCCCUGCAGGUGGCGUACCUCGCCAUGGUCCUGGGCGGCUACUGGCUCUACUGGAACAACCUGUUCUCGCUGCUGCCCAACCCGUGGGCGGACAGGGACCACAUCCUGCUGGGCUCGGCUUCCGUGGCGGUCAGCCUAGGGCUGUUUGUGUUUGCCUCGGCGUCAGACCCGGGUACAAUCCGCGCCGGCGACGCCGACACGUUGGCGGCCUGGCACGCGCUGUACCCGCUGGACAACGCCAUCUGGCCCGAGAAGACCUGCUCCACCUGCGGCCUGUCGCGCCCGGCGCGCUCCAAGCAUUGCCGCAUCUGCAACAGGUGUGUUGCCCGGCACGACCACCACUGCGCCUGGAUCAACAACUGCGUGGGGGCCGCCAACAUGCGCCACUUCCUGGCCUUCCUGGUCGCCAACCUGGCCAUGUGCGCCUACGGGGCGGUGCUGGCGUGUGUGAUCCUGGGCGGCGAGAUGGAGGCACGUGGCGUGUGGCGGCUGAACCUGGUCAACUACGCCACCGGCAGGGUGGUGCCCAUGUGGCGCGUGCCCAGCAAGAUGCUGGAGUGGCUCAUUGUGCUGUACCCGGUGGGGGUGGCCGUGGGGCUUUUCAUGGGCGUGGCAACGCUGCUGGUCGCGUUCUUCCUGUCGUACCAGCUGUACCUGCUGGCGGUUGGCCGUACACAGUACGAGAUGUUCCGUUGGCGCGACCUGCACCACCAGAUGCUCGAAGAGGCGGAGCAGCAGGAGGAGCAGCGCAUAGCCGCGGAGCGAGAGGCGGCAACGAGGGAGGCGGAGGCGGCCGGGAAAGGGGGUGGCGGGAAGCAGGUAGGCUCGUCUGAAAAGCGAGGCGGCUGGCUGUCUUCGCUGUGGGGUGCGCGCCGGGUGAGGGUGGAGCUGCCUAAGAAUAUAUAUCACCGGGGGUUCUGGCGGAAUGCGGCGGAGGUGCUGGCUCCGGAGGUGUACCUAGAGCAGGAGAAGAAGAAGGCGCGGAGGGCGGCGGCGCGGGCUGCGGGGGCCGCCGGUGCGGUGGACGCAGGCGGCAGCGGGAGGCGGGAGAAGCAGGGGGGUGGCGGUGGCGUUGGUGCAGGCGGCAAGGCGCAGCGUGGCAGCAAGAAGACGCAGUAGGGACGGAGCGAGGAGGGACGGCAUAGGGCCAGCUCAAGUGCGAAGCUCGGGAUUCUUGCAGUCUGAUGGCGUUCCCACAGCAACUGUAACGCACAGCUGAUCGUUUCUGUGGCUGUUUGAUUGCGGAGGCGGGCCCAACCCUUGGCGGGUCUGGUGGUCGGCGGCGUGAGUGCCGGGGUCCUCUACUCCUCCCUGAGCGGUCGAGGGUGCAGCCACGUGCUAGGUCUCGUGCUCGUUGCUGCCGGGUUCUAGCUGCUUCGGGCGUGGCCUGACCCUGCUGGUUAACCCCGAGACCAGACGAAGAUGAAAAGCCCGCGAA